CACAUACACACACGGGGAGUACUCCGGCAGAUACUGCUGCCGACACAUUCCUCUGCUCGGUAAAGAAACCUACACACUCUUUCGGAUACUUUUUUAAUGGAUUUUAAUGCCUGAAUUAAUAAUUUUUCAAGCACUACUUUCGAGUAGUUUGCGUAUUUUUUCUUUUGACGACGAGCCGCUGCGGCGCCGGACUGAGUGCAUCCCCAAGCUGUGUAUAGGUGCUCUCUACCAGCCCCUCUCUGGAUGCAUCAGACUCUUCUUCCCCGGGGCCUUGGACCCGGUGUGUGACCCCGCCACCCUCACCCCGCUCCCCCUCCCGCCUCUCAAAUCAGUCUGCUCCAAACUGUCUUCCACCUGUCCAACCAGGCGCAUAUUUUCUGGGCCCUCUGCCUCUCGAUCAGCAGGGAGAGGCAGGGGGCCAUGGCAUGGCCAUGGUAACCUUUGGAGGACGCAACCCCCUUGCCAUGAGCAGCGUCACCCCUCCAGAGGGCAGGCUUCAGGGGUUGAAUUUUACCCCGCAUCAUUACAAGCCCUUCAGCUCGCAUGAACACUACCAGCAAGUGAUGUGUGCACUGCACAAGCUUCAGCAGAGUGGCUUUUACUGGGGGGCUAUCAGUGGCCGGGAGGCCAACUCCCUGCUACGCUCUCAAACCCCUGGCACUUUCCUGGUUCGCGACUCCUCAGACCACCACUACUUCUUCACCCUCUCUGUCCAGACAAUUAAGGGAACGAGGAACUUGCGCAUCCACAGUGAGGGAGGGGGCUUCUUUUUACAGGCAGAUCCCCCAAAUACCCAGGAGCUCCCAAAGUUUGACUGUGUGCUGAAACUCAUAGAGCACUACAUGGGGAAGGGGGAGGAUACUGAAAGGACAAGCGAAGGGGCAAGUGGGGGCAAUUCAGAAGAGGCAAAAACAAAGGCACGCAUCGUUUAUCUGAUCGACAGCAGUGGUGAGAAAAUCCCCCUGGAGUUGCUUCGACCCCUCAUGACUUCUCUCUCUAGCCUGCAGCACAUGUGCAGGAGGACGCUGAACAAUCAACGCCCGGGGGCUUUGGAGCAGACUGAGGCUCUCCCACAUACAAUCAGAGACUUCCUGCAGGAGUAUGAUUCUCCUAUAUGACUGACAGGAACUGUAAAAGGUUCUACUGCAUGGAGCAGGUGCCAGGAUUACAGCACAGACCAGUUCUCUGUGAAUAUGAGAAUAUAUGUGCGGACAUAAACUCACUGGACUGAGCCUUAGAUGCUAAUAUGAGGUCAAGUAUUCAGAAUCAGCUGAUCACUGAACAACCCAGGGUCACCCACUGACCUGGGGUCUGGGGAUGAGGAGUGUGAUUUGGGUUGCCGACAAUUACCUCGUCCAUCCUGCCUUGCAAAAACAAAAUCAAAAACUGACCACUAGAGUGAGUGGCAGGUGAAGUCAGAGGUCAAUGUUUCCUAUGACUGACUGAGACGCAGAGCAGUGCCUCGUAGAAGAUUAACCUGACUGGUCGAUAUUAACGAUGACAACGAAGGCAUGAUCAAUGCGCCACCAGUGAAAUCUUGGUGGGUUUAAUCUGCUUAAAAAGAGACCUCCUCCUGUCAACUGGACAGACAGCAGAGAGUAGAGCGAGUGGAUGGAGGAGGAGUUUUCAGAGAAAAGGCAAAGUCCAAAUGAGGGGGGCCCAGCACAGAAAACGUACAGCAUUUGUUUGUCUGAAUGUGUGUGUGUAAGUGUUUGUGUUGUGGUGGUGCACACAUUUCCAUCGCUGCUUCCCGCAAGUGUUGCCUCAUAGACGGGAGUGGGACGGUCAUGCACUCUAGCUCCACAUGCGCAGACACACACACACAGGUAUAGACCACAUGAAGGUUUUGUUAGCAUGGGAGAAUGAGGGAGGGACAAAAAAAAAAAUAAUUACAAAGCAUUUUCUCCUAUUUGUUUCUUGUUCCUCAUCCAUAACCAUUUGACUGCCCUCCUCCCUCUCCCUGCCUUUUUAUUUCAGAGAUGCAUGUAUGCUUUGACAGUGACACAAAACAGGCUGCUUUUGCCGAGACAGAGGCUUUUAACCAGGACAAAAGCCCUGGCAUGGGACCAAACAAAACUGCAGAACUUAUUUUUAUCCC